AUGGAGUCCGAGAUUGAGCCUGUGAUGGCGUCCAUUACCGAGGGUGGAGAGCUGGAUGAGGUGAACGAAGAGGGUGCCAAGGGCAUCGCCCAGGCGCCUCCUUCCCAGCCGACCAUCCGGUCUCUCAAGCGAGAGAAGGCGUGGGCCCUUCGAUCCGUGCUGAAAGUGUUCGUCGUGAGGACCGAACCCAACUACGCCCAGCCCUGGCAGAUGCGGCCGCAGAGGAGCGCAACCGGAUCCGCCUUCGUUGUGGACACCGAGGGCCGCCACAUCAUUACCAACGCUCACGUGGUAUCCAACGCCACCUCUGUUCAUGUGCGCAGACCUGGCAAUCCCAAGAAAUGGAAGGCCACUGUGCUGUGCGAGGCCAAGAGCUCUGACCUGACACUCCUAACAGUUGAGGACCCCCUCUUCUGGGAGGAUGACCUAAGGCCACUUGAAUUUGUAGAUGUGCCAGACCUUCAGCAUCCUAUCUUUGUGGUAGGUUAUCCGAUGGGUGGCGACUCUUUGAGCAUCACAAAGGGCAUCGUCUCAAGAAUCACAAUGACAAGGUAUGCUGUGGCCUCCAACAAGCUGCUGGGCAUUCAAAUCGAUGCUGCCAUCAACCCAGGCAACAGUGGAGGACCAGCCUUUGCUGACCUGGAGCAAGGAAAAGUUGCAGGGGUGGCAUUCUCCAAGAUUACUCAUGCGGACAACGUGGGCUACAUUAUCCCUUGGAUGAUUGUUGCGCACUUCUUGUCAGAGUACAGGGAGCAUGGUACCUUUCGGGGGAGCUGUUCAGGGGGUUUCAGAUUCCAAGACAUGGAAAACACCCACCUGAGAGCCUAUCUUAAGGUACCAGAGAAUCGCUCUGGGUGUGUUGUAUACAAAAUCGACCCCCUAUCUGAAGCCUGCCAGGUGCUGGAUGUCAUGGACGUCGUCAUGGAGGUGGACAGUGUCCCGAUCGCUGAUGAUGGGACAGUCCAGUUCAGAGACGAUGAACGUGUUGAAUUCUCCCACAUUGUGCGGUGUAAGCAUAUAGGCGAUACGUUACAUCUGACAAUACUCAGGAAUGGACAGGAAAUGGAGGCUAGCUAUCAGCUUGGACAAUUGCGGCCCCUUGUGCCAGUAUUACAUGGGCUGGAUUGCACGCCUUCGUACUUCAUAGUUGGUGGCCUGGUUUUUGUCCCUCUCAGCAUACCAUUCUUGGAGCAUGCUUAUGGAACCAGGAAAUGGCGGCAACUGAGCCCCAUUCCUCUUCUGGGCAUGAUCACCGAAUACAGGUCAUUCGCUGAUGAGCAGGUUGUUGUGUUGGUUCAGGUACUGGCAUCUGAGCUCAAUUUUGGAUACAAUUUUUCCACAAUGCACUGCCACAGCUUUAAUGGGAUGAAGUUGCAUAACCUGCAACAUUUAGCACAGCUGGUGGACACAUGCACUGACAGGUACGCUGACAUUCUAAUGUUCUUGGCUCAAGUCUUCCAUUGUCUUUGCAGACUUGGAAAACCCGGCUGUCCCUUCAAUUUGAAUUUCUUUGAUGCAGGCCACCGUGGGUGUUGGUCGUGUACCACAGUGUAG